AUGCAUGAUGAGCCGGCGCCGUUGCUCGCGAUUCUGGCCAAGCACAAGAGAAUCCGACACGUAUCCUUUCUUGAGGGGUUUCGUGGCGCAAGUAGCGACCACAGCAAGUCCGCCCGUCUUUUUGCGCAAACCUGCACCUCGCCAUUUGCAGCUGCGCUUCUCGGGUCCAUACACCUCUUCGUCACAGCGGCGUUUUCCGCGCCUCUCCGACGUGCGGCCUGGCUUCGUGACCUGGAUACUGGCGCCCAUCAUGACGUGCCAGCCUUGAGAGGUACUUUCCCCGUGAAACACAUAUUCGUUUGUCAACAGUUUUUCCCCGUGGAACAUGUUGAGAAAGUAGACCCCGAGACUGCGGUGUGGCCUGGCUGGAAGACAGGAUCAAGGGAAGUGGAAGAGGAAAAGGUCGACGAACCGGCCGCAGGCGACGCCACGUACCGCCCCUGCCAUUACUUCCUUGGUGACGCACUGCUCAACCCAGGGCGGUUCGUCCCUGGAUUCCUCCAGUUCUGCAAGUCGGUUCUCGAAGACAGGUACCUCGUCAGCUUCGCUUCGACCCCGUCCACGGCGGCCUCGCCAAGCUCGGCAUGGGAGACGGGUCCCAUCGGUCCGCUUCCCGGCGAGAUGCUGGCCAUUCCGGAAUAUUACAUCAACAUGCCGAAUACCCAGCAGGCCCAAGAAGAGGAUGGCGAUCCAACAUCCGACGUGCAGUGUUGGCCCCUGCUGGCAAACCCCGAUUACGUCGACUGA